AUGGUUAUUAUUAUAGAUGCAGUUAUAAUUAUAAGUAUGUUUUAUAAUGAUUUUGCAAAUCAAGAGACAUUAUUGAAUGCUUGUAUUUGCAAAGGUGUUGCAUUGUUUAUAACGUGGGAUUCUGGAAUGGAACUGGAAACAUAUGUAAAAGAUAAACAAUGCCCUAGAACAAGAUUACAUAAAAAAUUGUUGGAAUAUAAAAAUCUUACUGCAAAUCAACCUGAUCAUAUGUAUUGGAUUCUGUUUCAGGUUGGAAUUUUUGACGAGGAAAUAUUAAGACAUGACGUUUCAACAAUCACUACAGCUUUCAAUAAUCCAAAGCAAAGCAUAUUCUUAAAUAUAACUGUAAAAGAUGAACUGGCUCAAUUAGUUGUCGAAGCAAUUAUUUCAAAAAAAUUGCUAGCUGACAGAAAUUAUGUAAUCGGUGACUUCGUUUCACAUACCUAUUUAGGUCAUGUGUAUCAAGUAGUCAAUCACGGCGCAUUAUUUGAUGAAAAUAUGCCUGCAGAAAUUGGUGAAUUCGAAACAUCAAAUAAAUUACGAUUAUCUGGAAUUGUUUCCGCCAGGCCACUUCCAAGAAUAUUAUAUCCGGGUUGUAGUAUUUUCUUCCACAAUCUCGGAAUUGAAAUAUCGUUCCAACAUGAAGCAAUAAUCUACAAAUUGCUAAAUCAUCAUAAACGGAUACCUUUAAAAGAUUGGAGUGGAAGAUCACCAAAUAGUAUAUGGCAUUAUUUUGAUAAAGGAAAUGAAAGAUUUCCUGGAAAAUAUGAUGCAAGUUGUAAAUAUUGUAAUGACAGAAGUUCAUGUGGAAGUCCUCAAUUAAUGGAAGAACAUUUAGCUAAUAAUUGUGCAAAUGUGCCUGUUGAAGUCAAAAAAAUUUAUCUGGAAAUUGUAUUGAAUAGACAUCAUCUAGAACAGGGUUCAUCAAAUGAUUCUAAUUCUGUAAAUUCGUUUAAUUCAUCCAAUACAAAUAGAAAAAGACAAAAAAAACAAGCUGGUCUUAAUCAACGACAAGAUAUGAGUGCUUACUUUGAUUCUGCUACCAUUACUAGUCAAAAACAAAAAUCAAUUGAUCAAGCAUUGGCACGGAUGUUUGUUUGUUGUGGACUUUCAUUUUCACUUGUAGAAAACCUUUUUUUUGUGGAGUUUGUCAAUCAAUUAAAACCUGGAUAUAUAUUAUCUACCAGGCAUAAAUUAGCUAAUGAUUUAAACUUUUUUGCUGAUGUGGAAAUUUUAUGUGAUAUUGUGAAACCCAUCAAAGAAGCAGUGAUCUCAUUACAAGCCAACAAUACAAAUUUAGCUGAGUGUUUCAUUAAGAUGUGUCAUAUUGGUGUUACACUCAAAAAAUUAUCAUUUUGUAAUAAUCUUGAUUUAAAAAAUUAUUGUUAUAACAUUUACAAUAAGAGGUUUGAUGAUUUUGGUGAUUAUGAAGGAUACUUAUUAUCUUAUUUUUUGCAUCCAUUGUAUUCUGUUGAAAAUUUGGCUAAAAUUCACACAUAUUAUGUCACCAAUGCAAAAAAAGAAUUCAAUUAUUAUGGAAAAGAUUUAUCAGGAAAAGAAGUCACAUCUAAAUGCAUUUUAUCAACAAUGAACUUGGGUGAAGGUUUUGAAGAUGAAAAUGAUUUUUUAACUGAUUAUGAUGAAUAUGAAAAUACCAAUUCGGAUGAUGAUGAUUUAAACAUUGAAUUGGAUGACAAUGUUACUACUUUAAAAAUUGAAGAAAUAAUUGAUCUUAGUGAUUCUAUUUUUAAUAUAGACCAAAACAAUGAUAAUAUAAAUGAAAACCAGGAAGUAAGCAGAAAUGAAUCAACAGAAUAUAAUGUUGAAGAAUUAGUUAGCCAAUUUUUAACUGACUAUGGUAAUAUGUAA